AUGAUCGUUAGUAUACUCCCCGUCGUCGCCGGUGUAAAGGAUGCGGAGGAGAUAAUGAUGUUGACGACACGGACAUAUAAACCAUCAGAUGCCCAUCCCCAGAAAUAUCCAUCAGACGUCCAUCCCCUGAAAUAUCCAUCAGACGUCCAUCCCCUGAAAUAUCCAUCAGAUGCCCAUCCCCUGAAAUAUCCACCAGACGUCCAUCCCCUGAAAUAUCCAUCAGACAUCCAUCCCCUGAAAUAUCCAUCAGACGUCCAUCCCCUGAAAUAUCCAUCAGACGUCCAGCCCCUGAAAUAUCCACCAGACGUCCGUCCCCUGAAAUAUCCAUCAGACGUCCAUCCCCUGAAAUAUUCAUCAGUCGUCCAGCCCCUGAAAUAUCCAUCAGAUGCCCAUCCCCUGAAAUAUCCACCAGACGUCCAUCCCCUGAAAUAUCCAUCAGUCGUCCAGCCCCUAAAAUAUCCAUCAGACGUCCAUCCCCUGAAAUAUCCAUCAGUCGUCCAGCCCCUGAAAUAUCCAUCAGAUGCCCAGCCCCUGAAAUAUCCACGAGACGUCCAGCCCCUGAAAUAUCCAUCAGACGUCCAUCCCCUGAAAUAUCCAUCAGACGUCCAUCCCCUGAAAUAUCCAUCAGUCGUUCAGCCCCAGAAAUAUCCAUCAGAUUCCCAUCCCCUGAAAUAUCCACCAGACGUCCAGCCCCUGAAAUAUCCAUCAGAUGCCCAUCCCCUGAAAUAUCCAUCAGACGUCCAUCCCCUGAAAUAUCCAUCAGACGUCCAUCCCCUGAAAUAUCCACCAGACGUCCAUCCCCUGAAAUAUCCAUCAGACGUCCAUCCCCUGAAAUAUCCAUCAGACGUCCAUCCCCUGAAAUAUCCAUCAGACGUCCAUCCCCUGAAAUGUCCAUCAAACGUCCAUCCCCUGAAAUGUCCAUCAGAUGUCUAUCCCCUGAAAUAUCCAUCAGACGUCCACCCCCUGAAAUAUCCAUCAGAUGCCCAGCCCCUGGAAUAUCCACCAGACGUCCAGCCCCUGAAAUAUCCAUCAGACGUCCAUCCCCAGAAAUAUACAUCAAACGUCCAUCCCCUGAAAUAUCCAUCAGACGUCCAUCCCCUGAAAUAUCCAUCAGAUGCCCAGCCCCUGAAAUAUCCACCAGACGUCCAUCCCCUGAAAUAUCCAUCAGUCGUCCAGCCCCUGAAAUAUCCAUCAGAUGCCCAUCCCCUGAAAUAUCCACCAGACGUCCAUCCCCUGAAAUAUCCAUCAGUCGUCCAGCCCCUAAAAUAUCCAUCAGACGUCCAUCCCCUGAAAUAUCCAUCAGUCGUCCAGCCCCUGAAAUAUCCACCAGACGUCCAGCCCCUGAAAUAUCCAUCAGACACGUCCAGCCCCUGA